CCCCUCCAGGUGUCACUGGGAUGGUGAGCCUCAACAGCAAAUAUGACCGAGAGAUGGAUUUUGACCUGUGGGCCAUGAAGGAUGUGGAGACUGGAGAAUACCAGGUGGUGGGUCAUUACAUGGGAUCAGAGAAGUGGAUCAACUGGACUGGGCCCAUCCAUUGGAAGAAGGGGGGCCCUCCUCUCGACCAUCCACCCUGUGUCUUCGACAUGGAUGACCCCUCCUGUGGUAAGAGUGAGUGUGUCCAAGGAUCAGAGGGACUUGAUCUCACUGGCCUGUCUGCAUUGGCCAUCCCUAAGCCCUUUCAUCCCCUCUGCCACCUCCAGUGGUGAUCCAUCUGCCAGGCAGGACAACCCUAAGUAGGAAUGUUCAAACACCUGCCAUUUUGCCUCACGUUCUGCUCUCUGGUUGGGAGCACAGAGCUGGUUCAUCACCAAGCGGUUUGGCUGUUCACAAGC